AAUGGAGAACGAAUUACCUUCAUUCCUUGGCGAGAUCUUUAAUAGGCCUAUUUUCAUUAACCACGAUCUUAUACAAUCUAAGUCUGUCACCACUAAGAUCAAAGAGUACAAUAAAAUCGUUGAGAAAAGUCAAAAUGAUGAGAAUCAAGACGAUUUGUGAAAACUCAUCCUGAAUAAUGAGAAGCAGGCUGAAGCUGAAAAAGUGUACCAACAAUAUGCUCAUUCUGAGUUCGAUCAGGAUAAAAAUGCGGUCCCUAUUGAUCCAAAAGACAUCAAGAAAGUAAAGACAGCAGGGAAGAGCUGGUUCGAUAUGAAGGCACCAGAACUAACCGAUGAGGUACUGAUGGACCUCAAGGCAAUCAAAAUGAGGAACCUCAUUUACAAGAAGAGGUUCUAUAAGGGCAAUGACAGUAGAGAACUCCCAAAAUUCUUCCAAAUCGGUACUGUAGUCUCGAAUGGAAAUGAGAUGGGAGAUGAAAAACUCACUAGAAAAGAAAGAAGAGGCCGUAUCGCAGAAAGCUUCCUUGAUGAUGACCAAGGAGAAGGUCUCACAGAUAAGAAGUUCGUACAGAUCACUGAUAAGAGAAGACGGAUGGGAAAUAAGAAGAGGUUCCUUAAGGAAGUGACAAAGAAAAAGAAAAGGGGACACUAAAAGAGUGUUAGAAAUUAAACA